CGAUAGGACGUCUGUACUGUCGAACUUUUUGUACUAGAGAGAUAAAAAAAUGUCGAAGUGCCUACGGACCGAAAGUGUUGAAUAGCUUUAAAUGUGUUAUUGUGGCAUAAACUUAGCAUACGAAUUAAAUUUUCUUUACAUAAAAUCGUGAUCUGUGUGUCUAAAUCGUAAGUGAUAGUAAAUCGGUUUUACCUUUCGUGAUAGAAACUUGGCUCUCUGUAUACCGUUAGUGAUAGGAACUUCUUGGUCGGUAUAUCAUAAGUGAUAGGAACUGUCAGUGUUAUCAUCAUCAUCAGUGAUGGUGAUGGCCAGCGGCGGCGGUGGCGGGCUGGUGCAGUCCCCACCGGACAUGCUCCAUCACCACAACAUCAUGGACACUUCGUCCCACGUCGAAAUGAUGCCCAAGAAACUCCGUCUCUCCUUAUGCGUGGGCUGCGGCGGACAGAUCCAUGACCAGUACAUCUUGCGCGUCGCCCCCGACCUGGAAUGGCACGCGGCCUGCCUCAAGUGCCAGGAAUGCAGGCAGUUCCUCGACGAAUCCUGCACCUGUUUUGUCAGGGACGGCAAAACCUACUGCAAGCGAGAUUAUACCAGAUUAUUUGGUACGAAAUGUGACAAGUGUGGAUCAUCCUUCAGCAAGAACGACUUCGUGAUGCGAGCGAAAACGAAGAUAUAUCAUAUCGAUUGCUUCCGGUGCUGCGCCUGCGCACGGCAACUAAUACCAGGAGACGAAUUCGCGUUACGGGAAGGGGGUGCGUUGUACUGCAGGGAAGACCACGAUGUGUUAGAAAAGAGUGCAAACACAAGCGGCAGCAGUGGCGCCAACGCGGAAAGUAACAACAACACAACUCUAAGCAAUAACAACUCACAUCAUCCGCACGAGCUCGGUUCUAUGUCUGACUCUGGCAGUGAGUCGGGCUCGCACAAGAGCGGACGCGCACGGACUGCCAACGCGGCCGACGGAAAACCCACCAGAGUCCGCACCGUGCUUAAUGAGAAACAGCUGCAUACGCUCAGGACAUGCUACGCUGCUAAUCCUCGACCGGACGCGCUGAUGAAGGAACAGCUUGUCGAAAUGACGGGCCUUAGCCCGCGCGUCAUCAGGGUCUGGUUCCAAAACAAACGCUGCAAGGACAAGAAGAAAACGUUGCAGCUUAAAAUGCAAAUGCAACAGGAGAAGGUGGAAGGCCGUAGGCUGGGAUACAUGUCACUGGGAGUACCACUAGUGGCGGGGUCGCCGGUGCGCCACGAGGCGGGCCCGCUGCCGCUCGAAGUGACCGCCUACCAGCCGCCCUGGAAGGCGCUCUCAGACUUCGCGCUGCACGCAGACCUCGACCGCGCGCCGCACCACAGUGCAGCCUUCCAGCAUCUCGUCAGUCAGAUGCACGGCUACGACGUCCCGUCGCUGCCCCCGCCUCGCCCUCAGGGAGGAGAGGAUAACUACGUCACGUACCUGGAGAGUGAUGACAGCCUCCCCCCCUCGCCCUAGUGCCGUCUCACAUAAUCACCUCCACACGAGAGGGACGGAUGUUGUUUCCGAACGAAAGCGCAACGAACUGUCAAUGUCAAAUUGAAAUAUGGCGCGAAAUGCCAACAUUAAAACAAUGAGUGAUGUGAUCGAAAUAAACAUUAUUUCUUAAAUGUUGGCUACAAUUUUUAAAUCGCAUUUUGAAUUCUAAAGUCAUAAACAAUUUAAUAUGUAGUUUUUGUUUUAAAACUUUUUAUUUCAUAUGGUCAGUGUUUGCGUUUAUAUUUAUGUUGAUUAUAGUUUGAACAUUGAAAAUGAGAGGCGGUGGGACUAGUGCAAACAAAAUAGAAUUAAUAAAGAAAUAUCUUGCCAAGUUUUUAUGGGUAAGAAUUAACAAAUAUGGUCGUGUCGGCAAUUAUAUAAUACAUAUUGAAC